GACAAGGGGGGAAAGUAUCGGUGUAGCUGUAGUGGCUGGUAAUGUGCUUUUGGUGUGAUAAUGGUCCUCUCUGACUCACUUCCUCGAUCUGUGUCGCCGUAUAAUCCCUCGAUUGAUUCGAGAGAUUCUCGGCCAGCGCUCCUUGCCUGCCAACCUACGUGAUUCUUCUCUACUGCACGACCAGAUUCGCCCGUUGCUGUUGCUGCGCGGCUCUACUGACGUUUCGGAGGAUGGACAAAGUGCUUCUGAAUGGAGCGGAGCCGCAGAAUUUGGGGUCAGCCCACUUGUCGCUGCAAUCUGCACUAGGCGAGCGGCGCGGGUCGGCCACUUCGAUCAUCUACUCGGACUGGGAAGGACAAGAGCAGCAGUACCUGUUGGCAAAGGCCGGUACCUUCUCGACACAACAGUCUGCCCAGCUGCCCAGCUGGCUAUGGCUGGCCAUAGCGCGCUGCCUGAGGGUGCCCCUGCCCGCGGUGGCUCGCUGUCGCUACCUGCCUUCUCUGGGUCUCGUGCUUCAAGUGCUGACCCUGGCCUCCGGGCUGGGACUGUGCGUGCUCCACGUGUGCUGCGAGGUUCGGGCCAUCUUCUGGCGCCAGGACACGCGGGACUCUCUGCAGCGCUCGGUGUGCGGCUUCAUCGUGCUGGGCUGGUGUCUCUUCGGCAUCUACGCGAGGCGCCUGGCACGGAGACUCUUCAGCCACCCCGCCUUCUUCAGGGACAUCCGCAUGCACUCCAAGACCCUGCUGAAAAUCAACGUGGCAGCGCUGGCGGUGCUGGUGGGGGCGGUCUUUGUUGGCGUGAACGCUUACAGCGCCUGGCUGGAAGCGUCCCAGCCCGAAUGCGAGCCCCACGGAGGCUCCCACGAGCUUUGCAUGGCACGCUUCGGCGUCCGUCUGCUCUUCUCCGCCUUGGCGCUCCUCUGGAACGGACUCGUCUGCCUCGUCCUCGUGUCGGUGGCCAGGACUCACACCAUCGGCAUUCGAAGGUUCAUCAAGGAACUGGAAUCCGAUGCCGUAGCCCACGAGCGGCAGUACUCCAGACGCUUCCCGGGCUCCGUCAUCACUUCAGAGGACAUUUGUCAGGAGAGCAUCUGGAUUGAAAACAAUAUGCCGGACGAUAGAGACAUUGGAAUUCGGUUUUCGGCUUAUCAGCGGGAAGAUCGCCCUCUACACAGCCCCGUGGCUGCUGGUCACUCUCAAGUGAAUACCUUGACUUCCCAGAUGAGCGACUCUGCAAACACCGAAGUGUCCCAGGUCUGCCGAACUCUUUCCGUUGCCGAAAUACUCCGCAUAUAUUGGAAAAUAUCGUGCCGCCUGCGCCUGUCGGGCAUAGCUCUGCAGCGAUGGGUGGCCAGCCUGCUGGCCCUGGUGGUGGCUUGGUGCUCGGCCAUGCUCGUCGUGUGGCUGCACCAGCCGGCGUCCUUCUGCCAGGUGAUCGAGUUCGUCUGCCCCCUCACCGUACUUCUCAUCGUCUGCGCUUGCAUUGCUGAGGUCAACGUAGAAGGCAUCCGAAUGCUCAAGUGCAUCCGUCCCACCGAAGACAGACUUCAGAUGAUCAACUACAUCACGAAGGUACCGCUGCAACUUCUGACAUUUGGAUUUGCAAUCAGCUACGGUACCAUCACGACAGUCGUGCUGGGCGUGCUCGUCGCGUUCACUUCUCGUCUCAUCAUCGUCGAAAUUCAGGGUCACUAAAGGACUUUUUCGGCGAACUCCUUCUGACCCAGGCGGUACAGAUGGACGUCUACAGGCCGUCCAUGGAACGUUAGGACAUCCUGGAGAUGUCCAGAAAGCACUGUGUGUGGCCAGGACACCAACGUUGUCAAUGUAUACAUCGUGUGGCAGGCUUGAACAACCGCGCGGUAUGCUGUCCCGGUCGUUCUAACCUAUAUAGGAAGACCAGCAGCAGCAACAAUAUAAAAGUCUUAUAGUGCAUAGCCACUAAAAGGGCCACGCUUGAGAUUAACGACAGCUUAGUCACUUAGUCAAUGCUCGUUAUCUGAAGCUUGAUGGGAAAUCGCCGGAAACGCUUUUCCAUCCUCUGGAAAUGUUGCAAUAGUCCCAGACUGAGAACAAGAAUACCGCCCGAGUUUCCUGGGAUCCGAUUUUGGUCACUGUAAGAGCGAGAGCGAGAUCCAAUUUGGUCUCUCGCGAAGCGAGCGAAGAUAACAUUCAUUUGUCGUCCGCUAAAACGAGCGAAGAACGCGGUUAGUCUGCAACGGAGCAACAGUCGCGCACUGAAAUAAAGCAAGAAAACGCCGUACGUCGUCUGCUAACAGAUCGGGAAAAAGGUAUAUCGUGUGCUACGAAUCGAAAGCCACGGCGAAGUGAGGUCAGACGCGGGCUGAAAUGGGCAUCGUCUGCUGUUUCACAUUAGAGGCCGUUGACAAUACCCGCGCUCCUUUUGCAAACUUCAAGUUGCUCCGGUGCCGUAAAGAAGCUUACAUUGACCGGCAGAUGAGAAAGUACUAAGGACAAGCCCGUCAAAGGCCGCGAGACCUCUCUUGCUCUUCGUGUGUUGGUGAGACGGUCUCACUUCACGUUUGCCUGAUUGUGAACCUGCAAAUUAAUCAGAAAUAUCUUAUUGGUUGACUACUCGCAAGCUGCAGCGCCACGUUCAAUCAGCAGCCUAGAACGCUGUCGCUGUUUCCUUGACCAAAAUCGGACUCCGGACGAUGUAUCUAAAGCUGAGGGAGCCGCGUUUUCGAAUCGCAACUAUAGCCAGUUGCGCCUGGCCUGCUCUGGCAACAAAAUGGUGGCUUGCCCGUAAUACAGUAAGAAUUGAGUAUCGGUACUCUACUUGAUUUAGUGGCUCCAGGUGGUACCUCUCUGGACGCCAUUUUUGAGCGCGUCGUGUAGAGCGUAACCUCAAAACAAGCCUUCAUUUUUUGUCUGCCAAGUGCGAAGGCCUUGAGGGUGUGGAUUGCACGUUUCAGAAGCCAUCUGGUCUGACUUGCACGAAAUGAAAUCAGUCGGUUUUAUUACAGCCAAUGUGCUAUUCACUGGUUAUGCUAGCUUUGGCAGAGCUCACUUUCAGGUUGUCAAAUAUAUUUGAUAAAUAAUUAAGUUUCAUUUUGAGCAAGGUAGUCCCGUAUGCUGGCUUUCAGCCCACGCUCGGUAACAACGGACUCGACUAUCGCAGCCCGUGAAUGCCACUUUUCAGACGUAGUUGCGACGACAUAUGAAAGGUUCAGGCAUAGCCGUGUAAGAAAAAUAUUAUGCAUGUCUUUAAGAACAUAAUGCAGACGUAUCUGAGAAAAUGAUCGCAUGUGUCGACGAAGAUGAUAAUAUAUUUACUGUUCUUUCUUUGUGAUUGUGAAUACGUAAAUAAAAAGAACCUUAAGAACAUAAGCUGCAAACUAUGUUGCAAAAGUAUGUGGGAAUACGAUCACAUAUUGAACCUGGUUUCCUAUUUUGUUACUGAGUGUAUUCCAAUAAAAAAACUGUUCACAUGUCGCAUCUGAGAAAUUAA